CCACAGUAAAGGGAAACGUUGAUAGUGUUAACUAACAGGUAAACUAGAAAGUUGAGUUAAGUUCAAUCUUGUGAUUCUCUGCGCUGGCUGAUAUUUAUUCUGCGCAGCAGUCCCGGGGAGGGAACAUCGGUCCUAGUCUCACCCAGUCUCACUCUAUUCACUCUCUCUCCUCCGUUAGGUAUUGCCUAUCUGGGAGGGGCGUGCAGCUCCAAGAGGAAGUGUGUUCUGGCCGAGGACAACGGACUCAACCUGGCCUUCACCAUAGCCCACGAGCUGGGACACAACAUAGGGAUGAGCCACGAUGACGACCAUGCUACCUGUACAGGCCACUCCCACAUCAUGUCUGGCGAAUGGGUGAAGGGCCGUAACCCCAGCGACCUAUCAUGGUCCCCCUGCAGCCGUGACGACCUGGAGAAGUUCCUCAGGUCCAAAGCCAGCAGCUGUCUGCUCCACACAGACCCCAGAAGCCGCUACCAGGUCCGCCUGCCACCCAAGCUGCCAGGCAUGCACUACAGUGCAGACGAACAGUGUCAGAUCCUCUUUGGAACCAACGCCACCUUCUGCAAUGAUAUGGAGCACCUGAUGUGCGCAGGCCUGUGGUGUUUGGUGGAAGGAGACAAGUCCUGUAAGACCAAGCUGGACCCUCCUCUGGACGGCACAGAGUGUGGAGCUGACAAGUGGUGCCGGGCAGGGGAGUGUGUAAGUAAAAGCCCUAUCCCACAGCAUGUGGAUGGGGACUGGAGCAUCUGGAGUCAGUGGAGCCAGUGCAGUAGAACCUGUGGCACCGGAGCCCAGUUCAGACAGAGGAAAUGUGACAACCCGCCGCCAGGUCCUGGUGGUAGUAACUGUCAGAAGGCCAGUGUGGAACAUAAAGUGUGUGAAGGUCCUCCCUGCCCUAAAGGAACACCCAGCUUCAGAGAGCUGCAGUGUCUCUCCCAUGACCGCCAGGCUGGCAGGAAGAAGAACAGCAUAUGGACUGCAGUCAAUAACGAUGAGAAGCCGUGUGCCUUGUUCUGUUCCCCUGUGGGGAGAGAUACCCCCAUCCUGGUGGCAGAGAGAGUGAUGGAUGGAACACCAUGUGGACCCUACGAGUCAGACCUGUGUGUCAAUGGCAGGUGUCAGAAAAUCGGCUGCGAUGGCAUCAUCGGCUCGUCAGCCAGGGAGGACCGCUGUGGGGUGUGUAACGGAGAUGGACACUCCUGUAAGAUAGUCAAGGGAGACUUCAACCAUACCAAGGGCAGGGGUUACAUCGAGGCUGCUGUCAUCCCCGUUGGUGCUAGGAGAAUCAAAGUUGUGGAGGACAAGCCCUCACACAGCUUUCUGGGUUCUCAUCCACAUUACAUCUUGGGCAAUACAACUAGGAAAUAAUCUUUGGACAUGCCUGGUCCAUCCCUGGCAAUCUUCUGCAGAUAUGUCCAGGUAUCCAGCGUUCAUUGUGUCCAGGAGGGACAUUUGAUCAUGUGGAUGGUGGUCAUAAACCUCUUACCAUUCUAUGAGGUAAAUAAUCCCUCUAUGGUGCUGAGGAAUGGAGUGUAAGGUGGGAGGAAAAGUGACACCAUCCUGGGAUGGGUUGCAAACCCUGUGACUGCAUGGGAGUGGUGAAAUGCCACAUUGUCCCAUACAAUUACAAACGUUGGCCAAUUUCGCCUCACUGCAAUCCUUUCCUCACCUGGCACAGCCCUUCCAUAGAGGUCAUCAGCCCUUCCAUAGAGGUCAUCAGCCCUUCCAUAGAGGUCAUCAGCCCUUCCAUAGAGGUCAUCAGCCCUUCUAUAGAGGUCAUCAGCCCUUCCAUAGAGGUCAUCAGCCCUUCCAUAGAGGUCAUCAGCCCUUCUAUAGAGGUCAUCAGCCCUUCCAUAGAGGUCA